CGAACGCACCCGAAAUAAGUGGAACCCUAACGGAGCGCGAUACGUCGUCCGGCGGUGAAAAAAGAAUAUACUUCCUGCGAAGAAGAGGCAUCAAGCGGGACGAUAUCUACCGGGGUUGGGGUUCGAUGGUACUUCAACCGUUCACCUGGGUUUGUGACGAGGGAGUUGGUGGACAAGCCCGUUGUAUGCCUGUGGUUUACACAGGGCGUUUGGUUGGCUUUUCAGAUCGCCGGUCGUGAAUGUAGAGCUUGAUGCAGUCAGGUUCAAUGACGCAAGGCAUGUGCAAGCCGAGUGCCAGAUAGAAACACUCGAUCAAUGUUAUUGCCCAGGCGCGGGAAGACGUCGAGGCUUGGGCAUGUGAGCGAGGGCUUAGAACGGAGAAUACGAGAGAAAGUGAGCUAUCGAGGCUGAGGCGAGGUAAGGCGGAAUGCAGCAGGUCGUGAGGGACAAGCGAUUGUUGGUGAGGAGGUGAGGGAGGUUGAAACUCUUUUAAACGCUUUGAACGACAUGUAUCACAUUGUCUUGGGUAUCUAAUAGGAAGUGGCAUAUUUACUCCAACGAUCUCAGCUAUGCUUCGAUAACAUUAUUCUAUUUACUGAAUCUGUGAUUCAUCGAUGUAACUAUAGAGAAAAUAAGAUGUGUGAAUUAAAAAAAAAGUAAUAAUGAACAUACAAAAAAAAAAAAAUACUAGUGGAACUAUUUAGCAAUUUGUAUAAAGCCCUACAGAUUAUCUUUUCAUGUAGCUUGUCUCUCAACUAGAGGCAGACACCGUGGAUGAUAUCAGGCUAGUAUAUAGGCGGGAUUCCAAAGUUUGAAGGGAUGUGUUUGAACCAGAGUUUAUUAGUGUGUGGAACAUUUCACUAAGUUCAAGACUGGAAGAAAACUGGGUUAAGCUACAUGGAAGUUGGGGUGGGGUUGGAGCUAUUCAAUCGACCUCAAUGGCUCACAAUCAAGCACCGUUCUCAUUACUAUGUCAAUAAGUUAAGAGAACAACUGGAGGCUAGAUGUUGUCAAAUUAAAUUGGGAUGUGCAGUACAAUUGGUAUGUGGUACUGAUAACGGUUGCUCCGUUCUGGCAUCAGACCUUUCAGAAGAAUAUGAUGAAUGCAUAAUUUGCACUCAUGCGCCAGAUGCUUUGAAAGUUCUUGGGGGACAGAUAACAUAUGAUGAAUUAAGAAUACUUGGUUGUUUUCAGUAUGUUUAUAGUGACAUCUAUCUUCAUCGUGACAUAAGUCUGAUGCCCCAGAACCCAUCAGCUUGGAGUGCGUGGAAUUUUCUUGGGACUACAGAAAAUGGUGUUUAUCUGACAUAUUGGUUGAAUGUGCUUCAGAAUCUUGGACACACUUCCCUGCCAUUUCUCGUGACUCUCAACCCACCCUUUACUCCGAAGCAUAAAGUACUUAAGUGGACUACUAGCCAUCCUGUACCCUCCGUUGCAGCCUCAAAAGCCUCUCUUGAGCUUGACAAAAUCCAGGGUAAAAGGAGGAUCUGGUUCUCUGGGGCAUAUCAAGGCUAUGGCUUCCACGAAGAUGGACUUAAGGCCGGGUCAACCGUUGCUUAUAAUAUACUAGGGAAGGAGUUAAAACUUCUGAAAAAUCCAAAGCAUAUGACGCUUUCUUUUACUGAAGUUGGAGCAAGGCUUGUAGUGGUUAAAUUUCUGGAACGUUACAUCGCAACCGGUACUUUGACGUUGCUUGAAGAAGGGGGUACGAUAUUUGUUUUUGCAGGAAUUAACAAGAGUACUCAUGUGAAAUCUGUCCUGAAAGUGCAUAAUCCUUUAUUUUACUGGAAGAUUGCUACAGAAGCCGAUAUAGGCUUUGCAGAUGCUUACAUUAAUGGCUACUUUUCCUUUGUUGAUGAGAAAGAAGGUCUUCUUAAUCUUCUUUUGAUUCUUAUAGCUAACCGAGAUCUGAGAAAUUCUUUUAGCAAUAACCAAAAUAAAAGGGGCUGGUGGACGCCAUUACUUCUGACAGCGGGGGUUGCAUCUGCUAGGUAUUUUCUCCAACAUAUCUCAAGGAAAAAUAGCCUUUCCCAAGCCCGUCUCAACAUAUCUCGUCAUUAUGAUCUGAGCAAUGAUUUUUUCUCUUUAAUCUUAGAUGAGACAAUGACUUACUCCUGUGCAGUUUUCAAGACUGAAAAUGAAGAGUUACAAAUUGCACAAAAGCGUAAACUCUCUAUUUUAAUCGAUAAGGCUAAGAUUGAAUCAAGGCAUGAAGUUCUUGAGAUUGGUUUUGGUUGGGGAAGCUUUGCUUUAGAAGCCGUGAAGCGAACAGGAUGCAAAUAUACUGGUGUCACCUUGUCUAUAGAGCAGCUAAAAUUUGCAAAAAGAAGAGUGGAGGAAGCUGGUUUACAGGACCGUAUCACAUUAUUGUUGUGUGAUUAUCGCCAACUUCCAAGCUCUCAAAAAUAUGACAGGAUUAUAUCUUGUGAGAUGAUUGAAGGAGUUGGCCAUGAAUACCUGGGACAAUUUUUUGGCUGCUGCGAGAAACUUCUUGCUGACCAUGGCUUAAUUGUUCUGCAGUUUAUUUCAAUUCCUGAUCAAAGAUAUCAGGAAUACAGGAGAAGCUCUGAUUUUAUAAAGGAGUAUAUUUUUCCUGGUGGAUGUCUUCCUUCUUUGAGUAUAAUAACCUCUGCUAUGACUGCCUCCUCUAAACUCUGCAUUGAGCAUGUGGAAAAUAUUGGCAUACACUACUAUCAGACACUUACAUGCUGGAGAAACAAUUUUAUGGCUAACCGGCGUAAGAUUCUUUCACUGGGGUUUGAUGAUAAAUUCAUGCGCACAUGGGAUUACUAUUUUAUAUAUUGUGCUGCAGGUUUUAAAUCACGUACCCUUGGGAAUUAUCAGAUUGUUUUGUCUCGCCCAGGCAACCUGAAGGCAUUCAGCAACUCAUAUGAAGGCAUUGCAUCUGCAUAUUGACCAUUUUCUAGCAAAUCCUCGUGUCUUAAGAUGUGUUCUGAAGCAUUCAACAACUCACUUGAAGGCUUGCAAAUCAUUUUGAUCAUCCAGUCUUCUCACUUUUAUCAUUAUUUUCCUUCUCAAAAAAUAAUUAUUGCUCCAUCUUUGAGAUGUUUCAUUCUUAUUUCCUUGAUGGAAUUACAAUGAUUUAGGUACCAUUUUGCAAUUUACAGGACUUCUUAAGUGCAUUUAGUCUAUAGGCUCAAUAAUGCUUUAUUUUGCAAUAAAUUAGAUUGGAUGCAAAAAGAUAUUUUGCAAUAAAGGGGCAUGUAUUACAUCCAUAUUAGCUUGAUUUUUUUGUUGUUGUGAUGGUUGAGAUAUAAUGAAAUGACAUGAUGGAUGAUUUUUAUGGUAAGAAUUUUCUCUGAUUUUGAUGGAGGAUGAUCAUAUCCAUAUUAA